AUGGCAGCAACGGCUACAGCUACAGCAACGGUCACAGCAGUUCAAGUGCUGUCACGGUCAUCCAAUGCCAAUUCGAAUGCGUCGCUAUCUGGCAGUACACAUGCAGGUACACAUACAGGUAGAUCUACUAGUAUAGGUCGAGAUGGAGGAGAUGUAGAUCGAGGUCUGAUCCUGAAGCCACGGUCGUCUUUCGAACAACGCACCAGCGAUCGACUCAAGGAAAUGGAUCUGGCAUUGUGUACGCUGAGAUUUGCUGAUCUGCCCUUGUACGGACGAGACACACAGCUAGAUACCCUUCAACGGCUUGCCAAGUCUCUCACCAAGCAGACAUUCACACGGGGAUUGCUCACCAUCAAUGGACUCUCUGGCAGUGGCAAGACUGCAUUGGCAGUCAACCUAGAAACCAUGGCCACUGGACUUUCACUUGGACUUUUCCCCGCUUACAAAUGUGAACUUGGCAAUACGAAUGAAGAUCCAUUUGCUUGCAUUGAACAUGUCAUUGAUGCUCUCUGCCAGCAAAUAUUGCAAUUGCCAUUGAGACAAGGACAGCCUCUCCUCCACUCUACUGGGACUAGUACUGCUUCCACUAUCAGUAUCAGUAGUACUGGCACUGGCACUGGAUCGUCCUCCACUUCUAAUUCCGGUACUGGUACUUGCAACAAGGUUUUCCUACAAGACAUCACUGACACACUAGCCAAAGAGUUGGACAAGACGGAAAAGGAAGCAUUGAUGGCAGCUAUUCCUGCAUUUGCAGACAUACUAUCCAUAGCCACAGUAACAGCAACAGCAACAGCAAGUUCAGAACAACCCCAAGAGCCCCAGGCAAGCAAUAAGGAUGCGACAUCCUACAAAGAAGAAGCCUCCAAAAUGCACUAUGUCUUUCGACACUUUAUACGCAUUGUGGCAACACAUUGUCCCAUUACCAUUCUCAUUGAUGAUUGUCAAUGGGCCGAUGCUGCAUCCUUCCAAUGGAUCAAAGCUUUGCUCACGGAAACAACUGACACUUGCAAUGACGUCGACGUGGGAACAGUACUAGUUGUACUAUGCUAUCGAACCAAUGAGGUCAACCAGCAACAUGAAUUGAGCAAGAUGCUGUGCGAUUUGAAGCAGAACGACAGCGACAUCAAUAACAACAGCGACAACCAAGCCUUUCUCCUGGAAGAACUAGCAGUGGGAAACUUGACAGUGCAAGACGUUAACUCCUUACUGUCUGCACUCAUUUCAUGCUCGGACCUCAACGAAACUCUGGAGCUGGCCAAGAUCGUACACGAAAAGACUCUCGGAAAUGCGUUCUUUGUCGUACAGUUCAUUAUGCGUCUUCGAGAUGAUCAGCAUUUGUCAUUCAGUUUGGGGCUCAUGAAAUGGGUAUGGUCCGAUGCUAACGAAAUCAAAACGAACUAUCAAUCCACUGAUAACGUGGGCGAUCUCAUGAAGGGGAAACUACAGGACAAUGCAACUGCUUUGAGUGUCCUGCCAGUGGCGGCAUGCCUAGGUUCCAUGUUCCCUACUGCUGCUGUGGUAGAUGUCAUUGAACGGUUACGAGAACAUCAACAAAUGACAGACCAAGAUGAAGACGCAAAUGACACUCUCGAUGCGGCUACGUCUAUACGGGAAUGUUGUGAGGAAGGAUUCCUAGAACCAGUCCCAGGGAGUCCAGACAACACUCGAUUUGUUCAUGACCAGAUCCAACAAGCCGCCCUUCUCUUUGCCAAUCAAGAGUUGAAAAUUGCUAUUGGAAACGUCUUGUUGGAUCUAUACGCAGGGCGCCAAGAAGAACUAGGAUAUAUGAUACAUGCAGCCCUCCCUCUCGUCAACCUUCAGACAACUGCCCCAAGUGACCCAAAACGUCUCCAGAUCAUCCAAAUGAAUGCUUCGGCAGGCAGAAGGGCAUUGGAAUGUUCAGCUUUUGAACAAGCAGUGCUUCACUUGAAGACGGCAGUCAGCUUGUUGAUUGACAGUCAUUGGGCUAAAAAUGAGGAGCUUUCGGCGGAAAUCUUCACCAUGGCUGCGGCAGCAGAUUUUUGCACGGGAGAUCUAGAACGUGUACAAACACACGCAGACCAAGUCCUUGGAAGACCGUACGUCCCUUUGCUUGACAAGGUCGACAUUUGUCACACAAUGAUGGAUGUCUAUGAGAGUACCUUUAACAGCAACAAAGGGGUUUUGCUCGGAUCAAAGAUCUUGAAGGAUUUGGGACGUCGCUUCCCAAAAAGAAAACUGGGAAUCACUACCAAGACGUUGUCGGGUCUACUCAACGCAAAGCUGCAACUCAAGAAGAAGCUGUCAAAGGAAGCAUUGUCGAAAAAACCAAUCACCACUGACAGAAAGACGCUGGCAACUAUGCGGAUGCUGGACAAGUUUGCAUCGGCAGUCUAUCAUGCCAAGCCAGAACUCCUUCCUCUAGUCCUCCUUGAGUCAACAAAGUGCUCUGAGACGCUUGGUUUGAAUGCGUACUCAGCAGCUGCGUAUCCUUUCGUUGGGUUGAUAUUUGCAGGAGUCUUUGAAGACUUUGAAACUGCCAAAGUCUGCGGGGAAGCUGGUGUCAUGAUCAUGAGACGAUGUGACUUUCCGCGGAUCAAUUCACGUUGCAUUAUGCUGGCGUACGGCCUUUGCAUUCAUUGGUCUACUCCCUUGAAGGACUGUCUGAAUACUCUUCGUGAAGGGUACGAGACAGGGAUGAAAACCGGUACAUUGACUGCGGAUGGAGCCUUUGGGGCCAUCCACUUCUACUUGUCAUUUUGCUUCUGGUCGGGCCUGGAUUUGAAGACUCUUCAUGCCGAUUAUUCAACGUACAUUCGCCAAAUGGAUGAAUGUGGAGCUGCCAAGGCAGCGUUAAUGACGAAACCCAACAGACACAUUAUCACUCGACUUCGUGGUUUGCCGGAUGAAAUGAAUGAGGAAGAGGUCGUAUCCUUCUCGAGGGAGAAGAAGGAUCCAGUUGUCGAGUGUUUUCUUCGUUGGGCUCAAAUCUGGCUUGCCUGCUACUUGGGCCACCACCGGGAAGCGGCAGAGCUGUCAUUGGAAUGGAUCCCCAAGAUCGUGAAGCUCUUGGCAGCCCACAACAUUGUUUUGGAAUCAAUUUUUGUCAGCGCGCUCUCUUCCAUGGCAGUGAUACGCGAGACUGGUGGGAACAAGAAGCUUCGAAAGCAUGCCACGUUCUGCCGAAAAAAGAUGAAGUCAUGGGUUUCGAAAGGAAACCCCAACUGUGUUGCUCAUGAAUCGCUGCUGGAGGCCGAACAUCGAGCCAUGCAAAAGGAUCGAGCCCUUGCAGUCCGUAGUUUUGAGGUUGCUGUUCUUUUGGCCGGACGUCGUGGUCUAACCCAUCUUCAAGCUCUAUCGAAUGAGCGGUUUGCGAUAUACUUGAAUGAAGUAGGGGAAUUGGAAGAUGCGAAAUACCGUUUUGGUCAAGCUCAGUUUUUGUAUUCUGACUGGGGUGCUACUGUGAAGGCGAAUGAAAUGCGAGUGAUGAAGGAGAGCAUGGAAUGA